AUGCCUCUCCCAGGCAGCGACCUCAGCGCCCAGUCCCUCUACGGGGCUGCAUUUAGCGCAGGAGUCCUCGUCCAUCUCUCAGUAUUUCGGUUGGGCGAAUGGGAUGGAGUGCCCGGUCGGAUUGCCGCGUUCUUUGUUGCGAUGUACGCAAUCGCCAGCGCCGCAUCAAUCUAUGUUCUCGCUGAAGAGUAUGGUGGUGUUUUGGUAGUCUUGAUGAAUGUGUCCGCAAUAUUCUUGACGUUCCUUCUUGGGCUAUUCGCAUCCAUGUUGAUAUACAGAGCUGGAUUCCAUCGUCUUCGAUCAUUUCCAGGACCCAAUCUUGCCCGUAUAUCCAGCAUUUACGGAGCCCGGAUGGCGAUGAGGAGGUUUAAAUACUUCGAUGAGGUCGACCAAUUACACAAGGUGUACGGCGAUUUCGUCAGAAUUGGUACUACAACAUCCAAUAAGUCGAUGAGCAGUGUGAAUCGUGCUGACCUCCCUCUUCCUUCACAAGGGCCCAAUCACCUAUCCGUCGCACAUCCCGCAGCUGUGCAAGCAGUUCACUCCAGCUCCUCCCGGUGUCUCAAAGGGCCUUGGUAUAACACACAACUCCCUUCGGUAUCCCUGCUAACAUCUCGAGAUCGUCAUGAGCAUGCACGGCGGCGCAAGAUUUGGGACAAUGGGCUCUCAUUCAAAGCGAUGAGGUCUUACGAACCCAAUAUCGCUAAAUGCACAUCGCAGCUCAUUAACAAUGUUGAGGCAAGCCUUGGCCGCGGGAUUGACAUGAGCCACCAUUUCACGCUUUACACUUUCGAUGUGAUGGGGACACUUGCAUUUGCCAAAGAUUUUAAGAUGCUGGAAUCGAAAGAGCUUCAUCCUAUCUUCAAGUUCCUGCAUGAGUCAAUGCUGUCAAUUGUGAUAUUCGGCCAUGCGAUGUGGUUCCUCACUUUCUUGAAGAACAUCCCCGGCUUGGCAUCCGCAAUCAAGAGGCUAAAUGCCUGGGCAAAUCAGCAGAUUGAAGAUCAAAUUAGAGACAAGCCUGACACUCCGAAUGUGUUCUCGUGGAUGUUGAGGGACUACAUGAUGCUGCCCAAUCCCACCCCACAGGACUGGAUGAACCUCCAAGCAGAUGCUUCCUUGAUAGUUGUGGCUGGAAGUGAUACGACUGCAUCAACAUUGACGUGCCUGCUCUUCGAGCUUACGAAACACCCCGAUGUGUACCGGAAGCUUCAGAAAGAGGUAGACGCGCAUCUAUCGGACAAAAAAGAGCUUCAAAACGACUCCAUGAUCGGGAUGGAGUAUUUGCAAGCGUGCAUUGAUGAGUCCAUGAGAAUGCAUCCGAUCGUGCCUGGCGGCGUGCAAAGGCAUACGCCGCCACAAGGGCUUCAAAUCGGGGAUACGUUCAUUCCUGGAGAUGUCAUCAUCCAGGUUCCUAUGCACACCGUUAAUUAUGAUGAACGAUCGUUCCCUCAGGCCAGUCAGUUCAUUCCUGAGCGCUGGACAUCGAGAUCGGAUUUAGUCACGGAUGACUCUUGCUUCACACCUUUUUUGGCUGGCAGGUAUAGUUGCCCUGGGAAACAGCUGGCUUUGCUAGAGAUACGGCAUGUCAUCUGCGAGAUCGCUCGUCGUUACGAUGUCAGUUUCUCUGAGCCCCAGACUAAGGCGCGCUUCCCUGAGGACAUCAUCGACGGCUUCAGCUUGCAUUGUCCUAAGCUGGAAUUGGUCUUUUCAGCCAGGAACACAUACUGA